AUGCACGGUACACAGAUCGAUGAACUCUUUGAAAAUCACAUUGGAGGAUUGGGACUUUGGCAACUUCUUAUUAUUCUCAUGACUUCUAUAUCAUUCUCUAACAGUGCAAUCCUCUCUGUUUUCUUCAAUGCGGUUCCGAAACAUCGCUGUCGUGUUGAUGAAGCUAAUGAAAACCACCUUAAGGACUGGAAUUUUACAGACGCAGCUCAUUUAAUUGGCCCUGUUGAUACUUCUAAUAAUCAAUUUCGUCAGUGUGGUAGAUAUUCAAGCGAACUUCCGUUAAAUUCUACUAUUGCUGGUAUCUACCUUUACACGAAUGCUCGAAACAUAAAUGUACUCGAGUACUCUUGCCCUGAUGGAUAUGUUUAUGAGUACAGAAGUGAGCAAUAUAAGUUUGGAAUUGUACAACAAUGGGAUCUGGUUUGUGAUAAAGCCUGGCAAGUGCCUUUUAAUGAAAGCGCUUACAUGAUCGGGAUGAUGGUCGGUUUUAUUCUAGGCGGCUGGAUGAGCGAUCGAAUUGGCAGGCGCAAGGUUAUGCUAAUAUGUGGAUGCGGUGAAUUCGUUGCUAGCCUAUUCACAGCUCUGAGUUUGAACCAUUGGUUUUACAUUUUUGGUCGAACAAUCGUAGCUACUUUCACAACUGCGCGUGGUUCCACUUAUGUUGUUCUAAUCACUGAAAUCACAACGGCUAAAGUGAGAACUAUUCUUUUUGCAAUAGGCAUGAUUCUACAGGUUCUAUUGCAGGGUGGUAUGCUCGCAGCUUUGGCGCAAAAUGUUGACAGCUGGAGACUCUUUAUGUUUCUCAAUAGUAGUCCAUCUAUCCUAUCUAUCGUCCAAUUUUGGUUGCUCCCCGAGUCUCCUAGGUGGUUGGCUGCUUGUGAUAGAGUGGAAGAGGCACGGCAUGUUCUCUAUUCUGCCUAUCGAUUUAAUACGAAGUUACGAAAAUCCUCGAAUAACGGUGUCAUGACAAGACAGGAGCUAUUUAGUCGAGUUGGCAUCAACUCAGACGACGAAAACUCGCAUUUGCAAUUACAUUUCUUCUCUAAUGAAAGCACUGGGGGUGAAUUUUCAAUUUGGAGACUGUUCAAACCUGGUUUGCUUAGAGUCACCCUUCUUGCAACCUUCAUCCUUACCUGUCAAAUAACUUGCACAUUUGGAAUCAUAUUCUUUGCUAGUAAUAUCAAAAUCCACGUAUCUUUUGUGGUUAUUGUUAAUUCUCUUGCUCAAAUCCCUGGAAACAUUCUAGCCGCAGUGCUCUACAAAUAUAGUCCAUCUAGAAAAAUUCCUCUUCUUAUUGUCUACGCGGUCAUUAUUUUAAUGUCAUCUGUGGCUGCUUUUCAAACGAUGUUUUUCAGACCCUCUACGGAUACCAUAUUGAAUGUUUUUGGUAAUAUUAUUAUUCUUUUUCUUAUUGCUACACAAAGGAUGAUUUUCAUCUAUGUGCCAGAGUUGUAUAAACCGAUUUAUCGAAACAGAGGAUUUGGAAUAGCAUCUGGAUUGGCCAGGUUAACGGCUAUGUGGUAUCCCCAAAUCAACCGACUUGAUGAAGUUGUAAUGCAUGGUUUUCCACUAGUGAUUUAUGCACUGGUUUUGGUACUUCAGUUGGUCUUCCUGGUAUUCUUAGACGACACUACUGGUAAAUCUCGACGUUCAACAACGAUGAUUAGAAUAGAAGAACUGGAAGGAUCCCAGCCGCAAACAUCGAAUGGAAACCCAACAACAACCCCUUCUGUACAAGAUUCUACUGCAUUGCGCCUUGCUUCUCAAGACGAAACGGUACCCUGA